CCUACUCUAUGACCCGCUGUGGAACAGCUUCUAAAGAGAGGCUGUAUCUAGUCUAAAAGACAUAACCCAGACUUAGAGACAAUUAACUUAAAAUUUGAGUUAAUGACCAUAAAUAUAUCUCUUUCCCCCUAUCUUAUUGGUUAAUUUUCUGAUUCAUUGUCAUUAUUUGAAAAGCCACAGAAUUUCUUGCUCAAUAUCUAUCCUUACCAGUUUCCACAGGCUAUACUAGUAUAUAAGACUCAGCUGUUCCCUGCUCUACAUGAUAUUGAAUUGACUUCAUCAGAGCACAGAUCUUAGCUGGGGACAGUCCUCAUCGGCUUUCAGGGUACAGAUUGAAACUUACCUGGCCAGCUGUUAGCAGCAACUCUGAAGGCAAGAAGGCUGUCAUCAGUUUCACGAUGGAUUCUCUCAUUGCAGCAAACUCCAAAUUUUGCUUUGAUCUUUUUCAAGAGAUAAGCAAAAAUGAUGGUGCUAAGAACAUUUUCUUCUGUCCUCUGAGCCUCUCAGCCGCCCUUGGCAUGGUCCGUCUGGGGGCCAGAAGUGAUAGUGCACAUCAGAUCGACCGGGUACUCCACUUUGAUGAACUUUCCCAGGAGAAAACCAAAGCACCGGAUCCCUGUCUGAAAUACAAGGAGCAGGAGUCACAGGCUGACAGCCCUCCGGAAGGGCAGAAAGGAGCGACCAAAACUCCAACUCCACAGGUGGAGUCUUCAAAGGAUGGGAAUGAACUUCUCAGUUGCUACUUUGGGCAGCUUCUCUCCAAACUAGAUAGAAUCAAAUCUGAUUACACCCUGAGUAUUGCUAACAGGCUUUAUGGAGAGCAGGAAUUUCCAAUCUGUCCGGCCUACCUAGAUGGUGUGACUCAAUUUUAUCACACAACGAUUGAAAGUAUAGACUUCCGGAAAGACACUGAAAAGUCUAGACAAAAGAUUAACUUCUGGGUUGAAUCUCAAUCCCAAGGUAAAAUCAAGGAACUCUUCAGCAAGAAUACCAUUAACAAUGGGACUGUCCUGGUGCUGGUGAAUGCUGUUUACUUCAAGGCCAAAUGGGAAAAAUACUUUGAAGUUGGAAACACGGUUGAUGCACCUUUCUCUUUAAGCGAGAAUGAGAAGAAGACUGUGAAGAUGAUGAAUCAAAAGGGUAUGUUUAAAAUGGGCUUCAUAGAGGAGAUGAAUGCACAGAUCCUUGAAAUGCCGUAUACCAAGGACAAGCUCAGCAUGUUUGUCCUCCUGCCAUCUCCCUCUGCAGAUAACCUGAAGGGCCUACAGGAGCUUGAAAGAAACAUCACUUAUGAAAAAAUAGUGGCCUGGAGCAGUCCAGAAUAUAUGUCAGAAAAAAGAGUAGCUGUCUCCUUUCCCCAAUUCACCCUGGAAGACAGCUAUGAUCUCAACUCUAUUCUCCAAGACAUGGGCAUCACAGAUGUCUUCGAUGAAAAGAAGGCUGAUCUUACUGGAAUCUCUCCACAUCCCAGUUUGUAUUUGUCGAAAGUUGUCCAUAAAACCUUUGUGGAGGUGGAUGAAGAUGGCACCCAGGCAGUUGGAGCCAGUGGGGCUGUGGGCAGUGUAAUGUCUGCACCAUCCUGGGAGACCUUUAAUGCCGAUCACCCUUUUCUCUUUUUCAUCAGACACAACAAAAACCAGACCAUUUUCUUCUAUGGCAGGGUGUGCUCUCCCUGA